CAGCCGGGCGCUCGCCGCGGUGGCCGCACUUUGCCCACCGGGUGCGGGCAGGGGGCGCGUGGCUUCUGCAGCCCCGAAGCCUCCUUUUGUCCGCCCGCGGCGUGAGGAGUGUGUGCCGGGGGCUUUGUUCGGCCGGGAGCGCUCUCCCUUCCCUGCCUUCGGCUUCGUCACCGGCUCCGCGUCCUCGGACGCCGGGCUGGGCAGCGACGGUGGCGCCGGCUUGGCCCCAGGCUUGGGGCACAGUUGUUUGGGGGGAGGUGACGAGGGUGGCGCUUUGCUGCCCUCUCCAGAGCGCGCCAAGCACCCGGAGUCCAGGGCCGAGUCUCCUCGGACCUCCAAAGCUGGCGAGAGCGUAGCGAGCAGUGGGUCGAGAAAAGCAAGGUGGCUGUGGGGUCGAGUGGCUUGCGAGUUUGAGGAACCUAGGUGGGUUUGCCUGCGACGCCACUUGGAAGUUCAAGUUUGGGGGCUGCUCUCCAUCCCUCACUGCUUGAGGUUAGCUUUAUACGUCUACGAAUAUUUACUGCACGUAGGAGCACAGAAAUCUGCACAGACCUUCUUAUCGGAGAUUCGAUGGGAAAAAAACAUCACGUUGGGAGAACCGCCUGGGUUUUUGCACUCGUGGUGGUGUGUAUUUUGGGACCUUUACUGUGCAGCUCCUGAAAGGAGAGACACUUGUGAACAUUCAAGUGAAGCAAAAGCCUUUCAUGAUUAUAGUGCAGCAGCUGCCCCGAGCCCUGUGCUUGGCAACAUUCCCCCCAAUGAUGGGAUGCCGGGAGGCCCCAUCCCGCCAGGUUUCUUUCAGGGUCCUCCGGGGUCACAGCCCUCGCCGCACGCACAGCCUCCACCUCACAAUCCUAGCAGCAUGAUGGGACCCCACAGUCAGCCUUUUAUGUCACCGCGAUACGCAGGCGGCCCCAGGCCCCCGAUCAGAAUGGGAAACCAGCCUCCAGGAGGAGUUCCUGGGACACAGCCAUUGCUGCCCAAUUCUAUGGAUCCCACACGACAACAAGGCCACCCCAACAUGGGAGGAUCAAUGCAGAGAAUGAACCCUCCCCGAGGCAUGGGGCCCAUGGGUCCCGGCCCACAGACUGACCCUUGGUUAUCGUUGCAGAAUUACGGCAGCGGCAUGAGACCACCACCCAACUCCCUCGGCCCCGCCAUGCCCGGGAUUAACAUGGGCCCUGGAGCUGGCAGACCCUGGCCCAAUCCUAACAGUGCUAACUCAAUUCCAUACUCCUCCUCAUCACCUGGUACCUAUGUGGGACCCCCUGGUGGUGGCGGCCCUCCAGGAACACCCAUUAUGCCCAGUCCCGCAGAUUCAACAAAUUCCAGUGACAACAUCUACACAAUGAUUAAUCCGGUGCCGCCUGGAGGCAGCCGGUCCAACUUCCCGAUGGGUCCCGGCUCGGACGGUCCGAUGGGCGGCAUGGGUGGCAUGGAGCCACACCACAUGAAUGGAUCAUUAGGGUCAGGCGACAUAGACGGACUUCCAAAAAAUUCUCCUAACAACAUAAGUGGCAUUAGCAAUCCUCCAGGCACCCCUCGAGAUGACGGCGAGCUAGGAGGGAACUUCCUCCACUCCUUUCAGAACGACAAUUAUUCUCCAAGCAUGACGAUGAGUGUGUGAUCCCCCCUUCUCCGAGACGCUGAGAGAGCGGGCAUUGCAGGCGGGAAGAUGCCAGAAAUUAUGCAAGAAGUGAGGUGUCAUUAUCCAGGAGCUGGUGGGGAGGGCAUCUCCCUGCUCCCCUCAACCCCCUCCCACCCCAUCCACGCCCCCUACCUUUCCCAAUUUUAGUUUCAUGCAAUAAAAAGGCCAAACUUUUUAUUCCAUAAAACAAGAAGGACAAAACUCUCAAAAAUGUAUUUCAAGUCAGUGACCAGAAAAAUCCCACCCCUUGCCCUUUCCCCAAAGGACCUUUUCUGUACAUGACACUUUUUUGUUGUUUUUUGUUUGGGGUUUUACCGUUGUUGGGAUUUUUUUAUUUGUUUUCAGGGGGGUUUUUUGGGGGAAAAUUUUUUUAAAUGGAAGCUUCUAGCAAGCCCCCCACCCCAAUCAACCUCUAUGCUUUCUUCUUAAAAAAAAAAAAAAAAAAAAAAGGAAAAAGGAAAAAAAAAAGGAAAACCAGAAGCCCUGCUGUCUGUCUGUGCCCAAGCCCUUCCACCAGAAAAGCUAGUCUAGGUGUGAGAGCCCACAUUGUCUGUAGCCAUCAAAAAUAAUAAUAAUAAACUGGACAGUUUACAAUCGGUGGUUUCUUUCAAAAGGCCUUUUUUGGAAAGAAGAAAAGGCAGUCACCGUUUUCCAUUUGGGGUUUUGGUUUGUGCAACAGGCAGGGGAGGAGUGGGGACGCGUUUGUUCUAGCUUGAUUUCCAUGGCAACAGCAGCGGCACGCUUGGACCCCAGAACCCAGCGCCCUCAUCCUGUGGCCAGAGGGGCCGGACCACUGACCCCUUUCAGGAUUCCACCACAGCCCAGACCGUCGCCGUGACCCGGUGGCAUGCACUGUUCCCAGGACACCUUCCUCCUCCUCUCCUGGACCUCCCUUCCGUCCUGGCCUCCCUGCCUCUCCAGCCCCUCCUCUGCCCCCACCCCAGUCUUCCCAGUGAGAAUCCUGCCAGCUGGGUGGUGGCCUGGCGCAGAGUGGGAGAGGCUGCCACUGACAGGAUGACUAUGACCUGGGACAUGGAAACAGUGAUCUCCGCGUUCUGGUCCCGAGAUCCUCGCAUCAGCGUCAUCGUGUGCACCGGCUUGGGGGGCUGGAGUUCCGGUUUUCUUUGUUUUUUCUCUUUAUUCGUCCUUUCUCAAAGAUGGGAUACUGAUCAGAAUUGCUCUGUAUAUGCUUGGGACUGGAUGGAAAGACUUUGGAGCAGCUGUGGGGGGUGGGGGGACACCGACAACCAAACAGACGUGCUGGCUCCGGUCCUGUUUUUACUUUCAAAAACCAACAAGCCCAACGGUGGAGCCUGUCCCCUCCCGGGAGGGUGCUCAUGGCCCCGCUCACCUCAUCACCCCACGGAAACCUUUGUGUCUUGCCCUGGAAGACACCCGAAUUCUUUGUACAUUGACAUGCCCUUCUCCUUCCUCCCUCCCCUGUAGCUGGUCUUUGUUUUACUCCCUCCCUUUCUGAUCCAUGUAUAUCAUAUUAUGUGAGAUAUCAUCUGCCUGAAAAAAGACUUUGUGCGGAUUAUUGGGAACAUUGUAGCUGUUUCUGUGUUUUUUCUUACCUUGUAGUCUGGUUCUGAAUUAAGAGAGGAAAAAAAAGUAAUUAUGAUACAUUGUAGUUUGUGUACGAUAUAUGUUGAUAACGUUUUAUUAAAGGGACAUCUUUUUUCCGCA